CAUUGAGGGAGCUCAAUUUCCCAUAGGCAUCUCCACAUAUAGAGCAGCGAUCAGGAAGAGAAAAGGCACAUGAAAUGGCAGCAAAAGAAGCUUCGUUUACUCACGUGGAUGAACACUUCAUUCACUUGGAAUUAAGUUCUUCUGAUUUAAUCUCUCACCCAAUUGGUUCUCCCCCACAAAACAGAGAGUUUGAAUUCCAGAUUACUUCAGUUUCACAUGAGAAGGAGUCUUCGUCUUCCCUUGCUGACGAGCUCUUCCAUAAGGGAAAACUCCUUCCCCUUCACCUCCUCAACAAUUCCAAUGCCAUCUCCGAGUCAGCCUUGAAAGGUUAUGGCUUUCCCUUGCCUUCUCCAUGUCCUAGCAUUUCACCUUCAGAAUCAUGCAUGGCUAUGAGUGAAGUAGACCCAGAUAAGUUUCUGUCUGUAUUGCCCAGCGAAAUAAAUGGGGUUGCUGGGGAUCCUCCAAGGAAAUCUUGGUCCAAGAAGCUGAGACAGAUUAAGCAGUCUAGUCUAGGUCAAAGGCUCCAGGCUUCACGAGCUUAUGUGCAGUCGCUGUUUAGAAAAUAUGAUUGUUCAGACAAGUCCUGUGUAUCUGCCUCAAACAAUGCAGUGGCAGAAAAGAAAUCGAAAACCCCAUCUGAAAUCGUCGAUGAUACAAGGCACAGGUUACUCGUGAGGACCAUAAACAGAGAGCUGAUCAAAGAUGGUGUGCAUGCACGAUCUCUUUCAGGGGUGAUUCGACAUUCUGUAAUGAAGGCUUCAUCUUUGAUGUCUACGCCCUCAUUUGGGUCCUUAUCUUCAUCUUUUUCACUCAGCUCAAGCUCAAGGAGUAGUAGUGCACACUCAGACCGAGAAAGUUCGAUUGAAGGAGCCAUAGCCCAUUGUAAACAGUCUCAGCAACAAUGUUCUUCAACGAAGGUGCCAGAUGCUGUCAGGCUUUGCUCAGAAUCUGCUUCAGCAGAUUGA